UUAAGAUGGCGGCGAACUUGAGCAAGACAAGUGAAAUGGGUUCUUGUAUGAAUGGACAUUUGAACAAAGGGGAUACUUCAAUGCCAGAACAGCCUACGUGCACAGAUAAAGUAGUUAUUCUAGAUGCAGGCGCACAAUACGGAAAGGUCAUUGAUCGGAGGGUACGCGAACUCUGCAUACAAUCUGAUAUGCUACCACUGGAUACACCAGUAUUCACUUUACAAGACAAAGAUUACAAAGCAAUAAUAAUAUCAGGAGGACCAAACAGUGUUUAUGAUGAAGAUGCACCCAAGUAUGAUCCGGCAAUAUUUGCUAUUGGGAUCCCUGUGCUGGGCAUUUGUUACGGAAUGCAGAUAUUGAAUAAGGAGUUUGGAGGAACUGUGAUCAAGAAAGAAGAAAGAGAAGAUGGGAUUUUCAACAUUAAUGUCAAACAAUCUUGUCCAAUUUUCAGAGGUCUUGAGACCACACAGGAAGUCUUACUUACUCAUGGGGAUUCCCUGGAUAAGUUGGCAAACGGCUUCAAAGUGGCUGCRAAAUCUGGCAAUAUUAUUGCAGGUAUUGAGCAUGAAUCUAAAAAGCUUUAUGGAGUUCAAUUUCAUCCUGAGGUAGAUCUCACUGUAAAUGGAAUAUCAAUGUUUAAAAACUUUCUUUAUGGGAUUGCUGGGCUCAAGGGGUCAUACACAGUUGGCAGCAGAAUGCAGAGCUGCCUUAACGAAAUAAAACAGACAGUCGGAAAUAGUAAGAUUCUGGCAUUGGUCAGUGGUGGAGUGGAUUCUACAGUUUGUGCAGCUCUCCUUCACAAGGCACUGGGUACAGAAAGAGUUGUAGCUGUCCACAUUGAUAACGGCUUCAUGAGAAAGCAAGAGAGCCAACAAGUGGAGGAAUCACUUAGAUGUCUUGGAUUAAAUCUGAAAGUUGUCAAUGCUUCCAAUCAGUUUUACAAUGCAACUACUGUAAUAUCUGGUCGAAAAGACCAACCUACUAUCAAAAGACAAAUAACAAAGACACUCAACCUUACAAUCAACCCUGAAGAAAAACGAAAAAUUAUUGGAGAUACGUUYAUGAAGGUUGCUGACUCAGUUGUUUCAGAAUUACAUCUCGAUACAGAAGCAACCUUUCUUGCUCAAGGYACCCUUCGUCCUGAUUUAAUAGAAAGUGCGUCCCAUUUGGCUAGUACUAAAGCCGAUGCUAUCAAAACUCACCAUAAUGACACAGAAGUUGUAAGGAUGUUGAGAGAAUCGGGUCGUGUAGUUGAACCUCUCAAAGACUUCCAUAAAGAUGAAGUAAGACAGCUAGGUCUAGAACUGGGAUUACCAUCAUCCAUCGUUCAGCGCCAUCCAUUUCCAGGACCUGGCUUAGCAAUUCGAGUCCUUUGCGGUGAAGACGCGUACCAGGGCAAUGACUUCGCUGAAACGAACAUCAUCUUAGGGCAAAUAGUGGAUUAUGAUGCCUCAGUAUGCUAUGCUUUUGGCAAGAGAAUCAAGUUUCAAAUUCAAGAAAUCACAGCAACAUAUUUGUCGAUGGGUGUGUUGAGUCAACUGCGUCAAGCGGACCACGUGGCACAUGCUGUCCUUGCCGAAUAUGGCUGCCAAAAGAAUCUUAGCCAGAUGCCAAUUGUAUCGAUUCCAGUCCACUUUGACCGUGACCCAAUCGACCACAUUCCAUCAUGUCAGCGGUCUAUGGUCAUCAGACCUUUUGUGACCAAUGAUUUUAUGACAGGCAUCGCUGCCGUUCCUGGUCGACAUUUUCCUUUAGAGGUCCUUGAGGAGAUGGUUUCGAGAAUAAGCAAAGUCCAAGGUGUGUCACGUGUCUUGUACGACCUGACCUCAAAGCCUCCUGGGACUACCGAAUGGGAGUGACGCCGUCAUUGAAUUGAAUAAAACUGUGGGAGUUGAGUAUUUUAUUAUCUUAAUUAAUUUUUGCUGUAAUUUCUAUAAGAUUAUCAUUAAAGUGCAUAAUUUUAUCUAAUAAACUCGAUAAAUUGUU